AUGGCGAGUCUGUGCAGAAGGCAGCAAUGCACGAUCGAGAGGCGCGGCUUUCGGCAGGAACUUGACUCGUGGCGGCAUAAACUCAUUCACUGUGUAGGGUUUGAAAGCAUUUUGGAGGGGCUGUUUGGACCAGGACUCGUAAAAGAUCUUACCCUCUUUCAAGAUUGCGAGCCUGAGGGUGUGUCAGAUUGGUCGUUUAAUGAAAAUUGUCUCUUUUGCUGCUUAAGACGUGAAAAAGUGAAGGAAAAUUUGGUUGGUUUGAACAACCAAGUGUUAUCAGAAGCGGACGGCUUCAAUCAAGAGCAGUCCAACAUUAACAAACUUGAGAAGCAAGCAGAGGAUUUCCUCAAUGUUGUCUUCUAUAGAAAGGACCUCCCAAGAUUUACAGACCCCCACAUUCCUCUAGUGGCUCGUGAGAUCAUGCAGCGAAUGAUCCGACAGUUCGCUGCCGAAUAUACCUCAAAAACCAGCUCAACUCAGGACGUACCCCAACCCCAGUCCCAGCCCAACGGCACCAAGGACCAAAGCCUGCCGAAAGCGCCCUCGCUGGAGCCGGACGCCGGUACCGGCACCGCUGCCUCCGCACAGAACCCCGUCCUCAGCAAACUUCUCAUGGCAGACCAGGACUCGCCGCUGGACCUCACCGUUAAAAAACCAGACUCAGAGCCCAGCGAACAAGAUGGAGUCCUUGACCUCUCGACUAAGAAGAAUCACAGUCAUGGUAGUGUCUCACUGAAAAGCUCUCAUGGUUUCUCAAUCAUGCCCACCAUUAAGGGGCGUUCCCAGAGAGCUGAUCACAACUAUCGAGAUGUUGACGAUGAGGACGGCUUGCCACCGAGAAGCUUGCAUGAUGGGAUAAGGGAGAACUGUAUUGGCUCUGGACCCCUCAAGCCACCAUUGGCCCGCUCACUCCUUAUAAAAGAGGAACUCUUGAGCCAGAAACAUCGCCUCCUUGGCCAACCAACACCUCUUUCUUUGGCUAGCCUAGAGUCUGUGGGUCUCCUCAACAGCCAAGCCCAGUCCCUCCUGUCCCGUGAUGGAGCAUGGGGGAAAUCCCAUCUAGACGGCCUCCUGAAGCUCAAACAAGACCUAAAUGACCUGCCUCUUUUCCAGGAGAACCAAGGCGUGUUCACCAAGGGUUCAAAGUCUCAUGACACUAGUCCCAUCACAGUGAAGAAAGAGCCAGGACAUUCCCCUCCGGUGGACCUGAAGAUCCCGCAAGUCCGAGGCAUGGAUCUGUCUUGGGACUCCCACGGGAACACCUCGGAUAUCUAUAGCUACAGCUCUUUAGCGCUGAGCAAUGUGCACUCAGAGAACGCGCUCAGCAGGAAACUGAGAGCCAUCUUGCCAAAGCAGAGUCGCCGGGCCGCUCUCGGAGGCCUUCUGGAUGCAGGAGCCGUAGGCGAGUACUGGGGUGCAGACUUGGACCAGCCAUCCUUGGGACCUCAGUACCCAACAUCCGAUCCCGAGGGAGACCCAACAGGCUCCAAGCAACCUCGAAAGAAACGUGGACGGUAUCGGCAGUACAACAGCGAGAUUCUCGAAGAAGCCAUUGCUGUGGUGAUGAGUGGGAAGAUGAGCGUUUCGAAGGCGCAGAACAUCUAUGGCAUCCCACACAGCACCUUGGAGUACAAGGUGAAAGAGAGGAUGGGCACACUGAAGAACCCACCAAAGAAAAAGCUUAAACUGAUGAUGAGGGCAGAGGGGCAGGACUCCGGGAUCACCGGCGAAACCGAAUCCACGUCAACGCCCGCCACCACACCCGUCGCAAUGCAAGUGGACGUCUUGCAGGGGACAGGAGACAAAGUCGAGUAGAUUACACAGAACACCUCAUUUUAAAAUGGAGAAAGUUUUAAAUUCUGACUGAUACAAACAAACAAACAAAAAAAAAACCCUAAAAUGAUUUGGAAUUGGAGGAUGGGGCUUUAAUUGUGCCAAUUUACUUGCAGUAUCUGGGUGAGCACAACUGCAGGGAUUCAUGGGAGGAUUUAAGCCUGAUAACUGGGGAUUAAGAAACAAAUUGGCAGUUAUCACAGUGGUCGACACUGCAAGCAUUUGCUGAUGUUUUUUUACAACAUAAAGCAACAAAUGCGUACUAAAGCCAUAAGAGAGUAUCGACAGAGACGUUUUAUUAAAAAAAAAAAGAGAGAGAGAGAAGCAAGCAGAUUAACCCUUUGUUCGCCCCCUUCGUCUGAACUUUGCGAGCUGUGCCCUUAGUGCUCAUGCGUUUUGGACGGCAUGCCAUUUUGAGAAACGAGAAGUGGGGUUUGAAGGGUUUAUUAUGUGCAAGGCUGGAAUUGAACCCUUCGAAAACGAGUCCUCUGAUUGGUAGGUUUAUGAAAGGAUUCAUAAUCUUUAAAUUAUUUAUUUCAAAUGGAGUUGACAAGGAUUCUCACCAGGGAUCAAUCCUAGGCCCGUUUUUCUAUUAACAGGUAAACAUUUGCGUUCAACUCUUUGUAGUUUCCUCCUUUUAUAAUCUGCACCAUUGAAACAGACCAAUUUAGACACGUCCAUUUAAAAAAAAAAAGGUAAAAUGAAGCUUAAGAUUAGUCAUUCAGGGAUGCAUGUUUGUGAUGUUGAAAAGAUUUUCUUUUUACUUUACUGUAACUAAACUUUUCUUUAACUCUUAACGCUUUCUUUUGCACUACACUUUCAGUCUGGCGCUGGCCAGAGCCUAAAUCUGGCAAUUAGACCUGAUUACCUCGACACUGCUUGCAUUACGCACUUACUGUUCUGUCUGGCAUACUACAUUACUCAUUUUACAGUACUAUACUCUAGGUGAGAGCCUCGCUCUUAAAAGGUUUCCAACUCCCAUGAAGGGACAAUGCCGACUUAGAAACCACACAGGACAGGAACGUGUUUUCGAUUCACAUCUUUCUACUAAAAUGAAUCGAGGGAGGGUGCGCGCAGUCGAUUUUGGGCUGCUCCCUCGUCGCUGCUUAUAGUCAGUUGCUGACGUGUAUAUUUAUAAAAAAGAAGAGCAUUUUUUUGGCAGAGGGGGUUGGUUUUGGGGAGGGUGAAGC